AUGCUCACUCUACGAGCUCGUGCUGCCGGCUUCCGCUCUAGGCUACCUCCACGGCGAUAUGGUCUACCAACGUCCCAACGCAAGAGAAACUUUGUGACCGUUCAACAGCUCACUGAAGGGUUCCUGGACUUGGCCAUCGCGUUACCAUUGCCGCCCGAAUGGCCACCUUACUCUAGCACAAUCAUUGCAGUGACCCUCGUUAGCCGCUUGCUGUUCACAUUGCCAGUGUCAAUAUGGGCGAAAAAACGGGAUUGGCGCUUGGAGGAGGAAGUGAUGCCGGAGCUGAAGAAGGCGCAGGCAGUGGCGUCAAAGGUAGUAUAUUCCCAAAUGUCUGCGGCCAAGGAGGCGGGGACGAAGGAGCAGCUGAAGAAGACGCAUGCUGAACGCGUACGGAAACUGGUGAAGCGAACGCGGGACGAGUUACUCCGAAAACACCGCUGCACGACCCUACCUACCGUGCUUAUUCCCGCCAUCACGCAGAUACCGAUAUUCGUGGGACUGUCGGUCGUGUUCAAUAGGGCAUGCCAAAGGCCCACCCCGCUGGACUCCGAAUCCUUUGGGACGUUGACGUCCUUGGUCCAUACGGAUCCCACCAUGACAUUUCCCAUCAUUCUGGGCCUGCUCACCCUCGCCAACGUGGAGUCAGCAAAGUGGAACCUCAGUCCGGAACGUCGAGAGCGCGAAGCCAAAGUCGAGAAGUGGGUUGCGGAGAAACGGGAGAAGGGCGAGAUGGUUGUACGGCCUGCUAACGCGAUCCGGACGGGACUCAGGCUGGUGUCCGUGGCGAGGAUAAUUGUGGGAGCGCUCGUCCCUGGUGGCGUUCUCGUCUGUUGGGUUACUUCCGCCGCCUUUGGUCUCGUCCAAACCUGGGGCUUCGACUGGUGGGAGCGGAGAAGACGCUUGCGACUUCUCCCAACAAGCACGACUUCAUCUCCGCCUCCUUCUUCCACCGCCAACGACCCGCAAAGGAAACGGUCGUAA